AAUAAGCAGCAGGCCAAAUUAAUCACAAAACUCGAGCUACCGAAAAAGAAAACAAUAAUAAUAAACUCUGGCUAAUAUAUAGUUAUUAUAAGUGCAACUGAUCAAAAUGAUACCGAAAAAGAUGCCGGUGAAGGAUGCGCAUAUAGUAAAAAUCGCUGUUGAGCGCGAGAACCAUAUGGCGCAACUAAUAAAUCUCGAUCAGCGACAUCCGCUUGCAAGUAAAAUCCAGGAGAUCUGCAACAGUUGGUCGAUUAGUGAUCAUCAGAAUUAUGCGCUGCAAUUCUGCGAGACGAACAACAUGAAAUAUGUCACGGAAAAGAAUCGUAAUGAGAUUAAAAACGGCUCUGUGUUACGGCUACAGUAUUCACCGUCAAAGACGGCCAGCGAUGCGCUUGAAAUACUGAUCAAUGGCAGUGCCCAGGAUAAGGCACAACGUCUCAAAGAGUUGACCAAGCUGAGCAUGGAUCACACCUUUGCGCUGGAGUUCAUCAAGGAGAAGGGUCUCGAUAUACUGAUCAAAAUGAUCGAGGAUGAGGGCCAAAAGGAUAAGGAUAUACUCAUGUAUAGCCUUGCCAGCUUUGUGGAGCUCAUGGAGCACGGCACCGUCUCCUGGGAGGUGCCGGAAAAGUCCUUUGUCGAACGCAACAUUCAAAUUGUGCAAAAAUUCAAAGACUAUCCCACCGAUUGUGGCGAAAGUGCGCUCUCGAAUCUCGAGAAUAUCGUGCAGAGCAGCAGCAAACAUUCACUUGUUUCUAUGAAGAUUGAUCUCCAGGAUAUACUGACACUUCUCCAGGAGGUUAACUCGGCGGUGAUGCGGCAGAAUGCCAUAGCUCUCCUCAAUGCCAUCUUCAUGAAGGCAGACGAGCAAAGAAAACGAGAAAUCGCGAAGAAGAUUAGUGAGAAACAAUAUCGAUUGGCUUUGAUUGGCAAUGGACUGAGCACCGAGAUGACCCAUCAGCUGUAUGUGCUGCAAACUCUGACGCUGGGUCUGCUCGAGAAGCGGAUGCGCAUGAAGAUGAUGGCCCAGGAUCAGGAUGCCCACGAGAAGAUCAAGUAUUUGCGACGCACUGCUUUCGAUGAUUAUGCCGGCACUCUUACCAUGAGCGAUGAUAUUCGUCGUGGUGGCGGCAGUGGUGGUGGCAGUGGGGGUGGUGGCGGCUCCGGCGGUGGCAACGUCAACUUUUCGCAAUACUACAAGAAACUCGGUUUCAAGUGCGACAUCAAUCCAGCUCAGGACUUUAUCGAAACGCCACCGGGGAUGUUGGCACUGGACUGCAUGGUAUAUUUUGCUCGCACCUACACGCAGCAGUACACGAAGAUCGUGCACGAGAACUCAUGCCGUGCCGAUGAGCACGAGUGUCCUUUCGGCAGGACCUCCAUUGAGCUGGUGAAACUGCUGUGCGACAUUCUGCGAAUUGGCGAACCACCCGCAGAGCAAUCGGGUGACUUUCAACCGAUGUUCUUUACACACGAUUAUCCCUUUGAGGAGUUCUUUUGCAUUUGUGUGAUCACAUUGAAUCGCACAUGGAAGGAUAUGCGCGCCACGGCCGAGGACUUUCAGAAGGUGUGCAGUGUGGUGCGAGAGCAGAUAAAGCGCAUCUUGAAAGGACGACCCGACAACCUGGAGGAGUUUCGCAGCAAGAUCGCUUUGCUGACAUAUCAGCAGAUCACAACGCUGCGCCAACAGGAGCGCACCUCGAAGGAGGAAUGCGAUUCGACGGCAUCGGCCAUUGUCAAGCUCAAAGAGAAAAUAUCCCCGCAAAUUGUGGAAUUGAUUAAGCAGCAGCGUCUCUCAUUUUUAGUCGAGGGCACACGUUUCUCGAAAUAUUUGCGCGGCGCACGGACCAAAGAUAAAUUCUGGUAUGCACGUCUCUCGCCCAAUCACAAGGUUAUUCACUAUGGAGAUUGUGACGAGAAGAAUAUACCGACGCUGGAGGAUCUGCCCAAGAAGUUGCCCAUCAUCGAUAUCAAGCAGCUGCUCGAGGGCAAAGAGUGUCCGCAUAUGAAAGAGACGCGUACGCGAAAAUCUCCCGUAAAUUUAGCCUUUUCGAUAACGUUCGAGACCAUGGAUCACUCGACGCUGGACUUUGUGGCGCCCGAUGAGAGUGUCUUCAAUUAUUGGACAGAUGGCAUCAAUGCGCUGCUCGGCCAGGAGAUGAGUAGCAAGCAGAAGAAGGAGGACUUUGACACACUGCUCUCGAUGGAGAUCAAGUUGCGACUGCUCGAUACGGAGGGCGUGGACAUUAGCAAGGAUCCUCCGCCCAUACCCGAAGAUCCCGAGAACUAUGACUUUUGCUUUGAAAGCUAAACAGGAAUAAAGUAUUUUGCUUUGA